GGCGGCGCUAGCUUGUCAGCUACAGAAAUAAACCUCCUUCACACAGGCAGCGGAGACGGUGUCCGCACUGACUGUUAACGCCACAACGGUUCACUGAGGUCGAGUAGGUCAGCAGGAGAGGUUUAUUAGCACAGGUAGAGAACUAGCUGAAGCAUAAAAUAAGAAAUAAAACACAGUUAUUAGUGUUUUUGGUUUGUCAGGUGUUGAAGACGGGCUAGCUAGACAGAGCUAGCUAACAUCAUCAGUUAGUCCAUUAGCUAGAUUAAACAGGGACAGUGGCUGUUAGUUGUACAUCGAGUUAAACGGUUUUUAAAAUAAUUAAAGCGUUUCAUUGAAUCGUUGUGAGCAUCCUCAGUCGGUGAUAUUUAGUCCUUCAGCUCGGUGACGUUGAGGAGCUGCGAUGGACUUCCUUGCUGGAUGCGUAGGAGGUGCUGCUGGAGUCUUGGUUGGACACCCUUUUGACACAGUUAAGGUGAGACUUCAGGUCCAAAGUAUCGACAAGCCUCUGUACCGCGGGACUUUCCACUGUUUCCAGUCCAUCAUACGUCAGGAGUCGGUGUUUGGUUUGUACAAAGGCAUUGGCUCCCCCAUGAUGGGCCUUACGUUCAUCAAUGCCAUAGUGUUUGGUGUUCAGGGAAACACCAUGCGGCUGCUGGGACAGGACACCCCAAUGAACCAGUUCCUCGCUGGUGCCGCAGCAGGUGCGAUCCAGUGUGUCAUCUGCUGCCCCAUGGAGCUGGCGAAAACCCGCAUGCAAAUGCAGGGCACUGGAGAGAAGAAGUCCACAAGGAAGCUGUACAAGAAUUCCCUGGACUGCUUGGCACGCAUCUACAAUCGGGAGGGGCUGCGGGGCGUGAACAGAGGCAUGGUCACCACAUUUAUCCGCGAGACACCUGGCUUCGGAGUGUAUUUCCUGGCCUACGAUGUGAUGACGCGCAGCCUUGGUUGCGAGCCAGAUGACCGCUUCAUGAUCCCCAAACUGCUGUUUGCCGGGGGCAUGGCUGGCAUCGCGUCCUGGCUCUCCACCUACCCUGUGGAUGUGAUCAAAUCGCGGCUGCAGGCGGACGGGGUGGGCGGUGUCAACCAGUACAGUGGCAUUGCUGACUGCGUGCGACAGAGUGUCAGGAGAGAGGGCUACAUGGUGUUCACACGGGGCCUCACCUCCACGCUGCUACGAGCCUUCCCUGUGAAUGCAGCGACCUUUGCUACUGUCACACUCUUCCUCAUAUACGCCCGCGGGGCGGAGGAGGGGCCUAAAGACUGUGAGAUGGCUCAGCCAAGCCACCACGCACAGAUGCAGCAGCAGGCCCAACCCUCCAGCCUGUGAUGGCCCACAGGUCUCACCCUCACGGCAGGCACUUUACAAGAGCAUGGAAAGACAAAAUCUACAACAGACUCUUUGCUACUGUCUGACUCAGUCUCCCAUCAGACCAGUCAUUCCCACGUUUGAGACAGAAAUACCCGGUUUAUAUAAACGCUCGUUUAUACUUCAUGUCAAAAAGGAAACAAAGGAAAAAACUGUAUUUAUUUUUUAGCCGUGAUUUUACGUUUCAGGUUUGCCUCUGAGGAGGCAGACUGGUAAAGGGGACGGUUUUAGCAGCAGCUUAAAUCUCGUGUGUGACGCUGAUCUAGACUUGUUACUGAGCCACUAAACUACUGUAAGUCCGUGGCUGGGUAGUGUGUGCACUGUAGAGCCUGACGGUUGGCAUCUUGAAAAGUGCAGUGUUUAACUGCACCUGUAUAUAUCGUUGACUUAUAUCUUUUUUUAAUGUAUAUUGGAAAUCUUUUUCCUGCCUUAUAAUAUGAAUACUUUUAUUUUUGUUUGAGGAAGCUGAAGCACCUGUUUGUACCUGAACUGUAGCCUCUUAAGAGCCAAGCAAGCAAGAGAGAGGGAAUGUAGCGUUUGAUAAGAACUCGCGUGUGCUAUCAAACCAAAAAACAUAUUGCAGCUAUAACCGAAUCCUCACUGAAGCACUGUUACUCCAUACUGAACAUAUCAGUACCUACUGUAAACAGAAUCCACUGGUCUGAAGGGCUCUUCAGGGACCGAAUGUAAAGUCUGUUCGUGUGUAAAUCUGGGUGUUAGAUGGCGUUAUGUUGUAUGUCUUGUUCAGCAUGUUAUGUCCCCCUGUUUUAUUUUAUUUUUGUAAAGUGCUGUUAUUUUUCUAAGAAUAGCUUUUAAGUCUGCGCUUGAUGUGGUUAUAGCAGGGUCAGAAAUGUAUUCUAGGGGCUCUCUUUAAAGUUUUGGAAAUGGUUAAAACUGAGAGGCCGUUAAAUGUCCAAAUAUUUUGGAUGGCCCUCGUUCAUUUUACUCCGUUUGUAUUUAACUUGUUGUCAAAUGUUAAUGUGUAAUAGGGACCACUGUGGUGGUGAUUUGUGGCAGACUAUAGCCCCCUUUACACAGCCUGCUCAAGGCUGUCAUUGCACCUGACCGCUCUGUUUAAAGCGUAUGAGCACUGAAUGAGGGGAGGGAGUUGUAGUAGGCAGUGGAGGCAGUAACAGAGUGGAGUUGGCGUUAAGUAAUGGUGUGUUCAUGCGUCUUGUUAUUCACACAUAUACAGCUGCUGGAGUGUUUUGUGUAGUAUUUUGCAGCUGGUGAAUUUUUGCCCUGAACAGCCGUGCUAACAGCCGUGCUAACAGUUGUGCUAACAGUCGUGCUAACUAACUGGAGAAGGCAGCUAACGGCUAACUUAGUUUGCAGUAAAGUAAAACCGAUAGCUAGAAUGAAGUGAUGUGAAAAUGGAGGCUCCGUGCUUCUAACCAGCAUGAACUAAGACAGCGACACGCACAAAUUUUAAUUACUUAGAGCACUUUGCUAAGAAGCAACUAAAUGAAAUGGCCCACACACGUCACAAAUACAUAGCUUAAGAACUUUGCAUGUAGUCCUGUGGCUUUGCUCACUUUUCUCCAAGUCCUUUCUUUUUUGUGUUCUGUCUCUACAGUACUGACGUUCAGUGGCAGAGCUCCGGGUGGCCUCAGGUGGCCACAUUGUUUGUUCUGAUUCUCGGUGACGUCAGAGGAAUCUCAACCAGAUCUUAACGCUGAUAUUCUUUCGCGACACAGCAUCAUGCAAAUGAAAAAUUUCAGCUCAAGUGAAGAUGCACUAGCCACGUUGCCCUGUGUGAAUUGACAGUUAUGAAUUAAAGGGGGCAAAAACAUUUCAUGUGAACAGCCCCUAAAAGGGACAGCCGGCAUGCGGGACUGCAUGCACACACACACACACACACACACACACUUGAUGGGGGUGUGUUAAGCAGGAUUUAUACUUGUGUGCCAGCUCUCUGCAGAGCCUACGCCUAUGUAAGCAUUUAUAGUUGUGUGGUGGUGUGUCUGUGAAGUGCUGUAAAGUUUAGUUGAUUCAAAACACACAUUAAACACACAUUAAACACACAUUAAACACACAUUAAACAUGGCUUAAUAGAGACAGUUUCAAACACAAAUCAGCUUCACUAUAACUCGCAGCAUUCACAGACAAACACUUGUCUUUAUCUGGACACAUUUUCCCCACAAAUACAACAUGCUAACGUUAUUAGCACAAGCCUAUGGCAUUUUAUAUUGUAUAAAUUAGCCUAGCAACUAACAGAGAUUUCCUCUGCUCUUUUGAAGUUAGGAUAAAAAACCUACCACACUUAAAAUGCUAUUUUGUGAAGGGAAAUGGUUUCAGCUUACAAAGACAUAGACAGGAGGUCUGCGUCACCAAGAGCUUGAGUUACAUGGGGGGAGGUGCACGUCAGGCUGCAGAGUAGGGUACAUUGCAGGCUCUACAUUGAUGCGAGCCUAUGAUGUAGGUACAGCAUUGAUUUGACGCAUGAGUAUAAAUCCCCCCCUUGCACAUCACUCCUCUUUUACUUCCGAAACAGCAGCAUGCUAUCCACAAUCAUAAAUCAUGGCAGCAUUAUGCCGGCGGUGUUUCAGUAUAAACAAUCUAAAGCCAGUGUGACGAUGGAUCUUCUUAAUGGCAGUGUUGCUGAAUCUCUGUGUAAAAGGGGCUUUACUCUGAGAUUGUUUCACGUGCGUGCCGGUUGGGGGAAAUCAGAAUUAAAAGUGACUGAAGAACAAUUAAAUUUGUACCCAGAAGCACUCGAAGCCAACUGUUGCUUCAACAAAAAACAAACAUUGUUAAAGGUUAAACGAUGUAAAAUAACCCGAGGUGUGAAUGAUUAGUGGAGGACAGAGCCUUUUAAUGAGCCUCUAAAAUGCAGAAAGUUAAUUUAUAACUUAAGUUAGUGUUUAUUGGGCAGAACGACCUGCAAGUGUCCCUGUGGAAAGUUUUGUCACCUUAACUUGGCAAAUGUGUGUGUCCCCAUAUUAAUAUACUGUAUUGGAUUGGGGCUUUAACUUGACGUAUUUAUUUUCUAAUUAACUUAAUGAUGUACAGGUAUUGUUAGUGAGUGGGAGUUGUCUGCUUUCUGCAUGUGUGUGCUCAGUAACCAGUUAUAUUUUUGUAAUGUAUGCCUGAAUGUUGAACAUCUUGCUCUAAAGCAAUCAAAGUUUGUCCCCUCUAAAACGCUAACGUGUCAGUUCCUGUUAAAGCAGUAAGUCGUCAGUGCUGCUGAAAACCUGUUCCCCUGAAUGCUUCUCUGAGCUGACGUCUGACGCAGCGUUACUGCUGUCAUGUGUGCAUUAAGACUGCUAUGAAAGGCACCUUUAGUACGCUGAAUGUAACACACCUGUAUUGACCCGCAGGUGUUUCAGCUGAAGAGUUGAAGGCAUAGGAAUACAUACAUUUUUAUUGUACUGCUAUGGUUGAAGGACAGAAUGAUAAUUGUCAUUCAAUGCUGCUGAGAAACUUGAAACUCUCCGAGGCUUUGUACUCUGGUUUGAUGGUGUGUGAUGAUGAGAAAUGAAAGUGUGUUAAGUGCAAAGGGAUUUUUGGUAUGUGUGUAGAAGUUGCUCUAUAAUUCCACCUCUUUAAACAGCGACUGUUAUCUCUGUACGGUAGAUUACAUCUGAAACUUUGCCGUGUGAGCACUAACAUGUAGUCCUGCUGAUGUGAAACUGCAAUAUGUACAGGAUGUUAUUAAUGUGAGAUAUAUAAACACAUACAUACAGUGUGUAACAUAUUUUUCAGUCUAAAGUAGUCGUGUGGUUCCCUGAAUGUCUGCCGUUUUUAAAGUCUCUGUUUAAUCAGUUUGAUUCAGCUGAAGAGAUUUUACCUGAAAAACUGAGACGUGAUAUUUUUGUAACAUAGUCCUGCAGAACCUAUUUGUCUAGAUUUGUCACUGAGGAUCUGUACGAAUGGGUGAAUAAAAAUGAUUCAGCA